AUGUCCAAAGUGUAUACCGGAACCCCACCAGUUGCCAACGUCACACCUCCCCAUCUCUACGACAUUUCCUCCCUUUCCAUCCUCCCCAUUGAGCUCCAGGACAUCGUAUUCGACUUUUUGACCGCCAUCCCCUGCCCAAGUAAUACGUACACCAUCGUACGCCUGUCCAAAAAGCACUAUUACGACUUUAUCCACCUUCUAUACAAGCACAUCCAAGUAUCAGACGAGGCCAUCCUCAGAGGCCUGUUCAACGGCCUCUUGGAUGAUGUAGGUGGUCACACCAAAGGAUCAUUGUAUCAUAAGCGAGAUCUACUCAACCGCUGCUCCUCGAUGGUCAUAGCAUCCUUGUACGCUUGGGAGGCUGUCAAAGAAGCGAUCCAGGCUUGGGCCAUGGCCGUCAAAAACCGCCGACAGGAAACCGAAGGAUCAGUGCAACAAAGACUUGAUGGUCCGUUCAACCGUGUAUUCCACAUGGCAUUUGGGCCGGACUGUAUUGAGGGUGUUCCUCAAGAAGGGAGAGGUUCUAAGAUUGGUGGUAACUAUCAACCUCAUGCUUCUUUCUGUUUUGUCGGCCUAUCUCGCAAGCCUCUUCAUCCAGAAGCAGCGCCAGGGACUGACGAUAAGCUCAACACCAUCGUCGUUUCCCCUGGUCUGGGGAUCAAAAUGAUGUCCGACAACGUUGUGACUCGCUUUCUCCCCCCGGCGGAUUGUAACUAUCCUCAUUCCGUCGGCGCCGGGCUCGAAGUCCUAGUCGGACGUGACUUGCUCGUCGUCGAGCUUUUACCCGUCAAAAUGGAAGAGACUGCCAAUGACGACAAGGAGGGUUCGGUCAUACAUCGGCCAUCUGGAGGACAUAGGAAUGAGGAUGCGGUCAACGCUCAGAUCGACUAUAUCGUCAAUUAUUGCCUAAGUACGAUAUCUGGCUGGGAUACCGAAACUCAGGAGUGA